AUGGACUUUCCGAGAAAAUAAAGCUACAUAAAAUCACUCAUUUCCGGAACUAGACAUCCAAUAAACCAACACCGGAUGGAGAUGAGAGAAACCAUUAAAAUAUCACCCAGCAACAAAAAGGUACCUAACCAAACGAUGGGAAGACCCAAAUUAUAUAAAUUAAACAAAGACCGGCUACCUAGUGUAACGAGAAAGGAAAGGACGCAACUACCUAUGGGAGGAUACAGCAUCCUAUUGGCCAAAAAUCAUCACUAACCUAAACCCCAGCCAGUGCAGCAUCUUUUAGUUAGUCUUGUGUGGUUCAGUAAGCGCCGUGCCGUGUUUUAAAAAUAGCAAGUUCACUGAAAAUGUUUGAAAAUAGUCAGCCUUUGUCUCCUACAUCAUCGUCUACAUCCGAGUAUGAUCGCAUGGUUGAUUAUCCUUCAACAAAACUAACAGAUUUAACAAAUUCAUCAAAUAGUGACAAAUAUUUACCGACAACCUUGCCUUCGACGGCAAAUAGUGCUUUUAACGCGUAUUGUGCUUCAUAUCCAGAAUCUAGAUAUUUUUACGACCAAGAAGAUCAGUACCAUCCUCACCAAGACCGGUUUGUACCUUAUCCAGUUACUUAUAUCAAAGUGGAGCCCGAAGAAGAAUCGCAUUUAUUAAAAACGAGAACUGUAGGAGGUAGAAAGCGUAAAAGUUUGGACUCAGACGACGAAAAUAGUUUCCAAAAAAAGUCUAAAAGAAAACCGCCGCAAAGCUACGAAGAAAUUCAAAAUCAACGUGUGAUGGCUAAUGUACGUGAGAGACAAAGAACGCAGAGCUUGAACGAAGCUUUUGCCAGUUUAAGAAAAAGCAUUCCAACUUUACCAUCGGAUAAAUUAUCCAAAAUUCAAACGUUGAAACUUGCGGCACGGUACAUAGACUUCUUGUAUACGGUUUUAUCGACAUCGUCUUCGGAAAAUCCAGGUGAUAGUGACGUUUUAGGUAAUGUAUGUUCCUAUACGGCGCACGAAAAACUUUCCAGAGCUUUUUCCAUGUGGAGAAUGGAAGGAGACUGGAACAAUACGUUAUAGUUGUUCAGUGAGAUUAGUUUGGUGUAUAUAGAAUUUUUUGUUUUAAGUUUUCUCUUCACGAAUGAACAAUUCAAUUCAAUCUAUUUCUUGCCUCGUCGACAAUGCUUUUUAGUUGAGUACGUUAAUAUUAAUACAAACUUUGUUUGUUUCAACCUUGUUCUGAUAUCGGAGGUAAGCCCCUGGAAUACCAUAUUUCAAAUUUAGCUUUUAUUUAACUUUAUCUUAUUAACAUGGGCUUACAAGCAUACCUACUUAUUGCUUAAAACAAUAAUUAUUAUUAUCGGCUAUAUUUUUAUAUUAUGUAUAAAUGUAAUUAUUAUCAAAUUAAUUCCGUAAAUUAAUUAAUAUUGAAUGUAUAAUAUAGCAAGCCAAGCAUAGGGCCAAAGUCAUAGGGCUACCAACCAAAGGAUUUUUUGUAUAUAGUAUACAUGGUAAGCCAAAAACGUGUUAUAUACUUGUAGUUUGGUCCACCAAGUACAAACUUAUUUUAUAAGUUAACCAAAUAAUUUUCUAGUUUGUUUCGCAUUUUCACUGCAUUUGAUUUUUUUUUCUGUUUACACUUAUAUACUUGGACUUUUUUCAACAGGCUCUCUGAUCUCUUCUCGUUUGUUGAAUUAUAGUUUUUUUAAUUAAUAAUUAAUAUUAAUUAUUAUCUGUUGGUGUUAUGUUGAUCCCUCCCACCAAGCUCUUUUGUGAUUUAGAUAUACGAUAUUGUUAAGGUUUUUUUUAUGUAUUAAUUUAUGAACCCCAUGUGAACGCAGAUGUUAGCGGGUUCUUAAUGUCAUUAAGUUUUUUUCAGGAGCAUCUUUUCGUCUCAAAUUUCAGCACAUAAAAAGUUGGUUUUAUGUUUCUGAAAAAUAAGUGUCAUAAGCAGAAGCUGAAAAUGUGUCUUUUAUUGUUUAUGUAUAAUUUUCAGCUUCGAAGUAUCAAGUAGGUAUAGUGCAAAAAAAAAUCCCAUUGAUAAUCAUAAAAAAUUAACAUUAUUAAUAAUUAAGUUUUGUAUAUUGUACAAGAAAAAAAGUUGACAAUUAUUAUUGUAACCGUUUAUUUAUUUUUGAUUUAAAUAAAAUAUUUUUUUAUUGAA